AUGGCGACUGUGUGCCGCGUUGUGUGUGUGUUGACCGCAGCGCUGUGCUGUGUUUCAUUCUGCGUGACGGCUGAUGCUGCUGCCGAUAAGGCUGCGGUGGAGGCAAGGGGGGCUGUGUUGUCCACUGCCGCGACGAACACGCAACAAGUGUUGAAGGAAGCCGGGCAGGCUUCUGCUCAAUAUGACGCCGCUGCUGCUGAAUCUAUGGCUGUAGAGGGGAGUGCCGAAAAGGCAAAUCUACACGUCCAAAAUGUGGUGACUCUGACAGCGAGUGCAUUGAGUGAAGCUGGCAAAGCGUUCGAAGAGAUUUCAAAGUUUCCUGAUGUGACAUCUGGUAGCGUUAAGAAAACGUCGUUGAGUGCAUGUAAUCUCCCGACUGCUUCCAAGAGCGCGCAAACUGUGGCGGAUAAAGCCAACAGGGCUGCGGAUAAUGCUUCGACUGCUGAGGUGCUACUCAGGGGGGCCGAGGAAAAUGCGAAGAAAGCACUGGAAAAGACAAAGAAAGCACAGAAACUGUCUGAGGCAGCAGUGCAGAGCGCCGAGGAUGCGGCGGAGAGUGUAAAGGGGGCGAAUGGAAUGCCUGAUGGCAUCGUGCAGAAACUCUCCGAGGUCGCUGAGAAGGCUAGGGAGGCAAAAAUGAACGCUGCGAAUAUUGCUUCGACUGCUUCCGCGGCGGUGAAUAAGAUUGAGCAGGCACUGACGAACAUCUUGGCUGCGAAGACAAACACGGAUUUGGCGGCUACGAGUGCUACGCACGCAAAAGAUAAUGUUAUGGAGGCAGACACGAAAUUAAAGCCCGUUGAGGCCGAGAGUGAAGUGACAGCUGUAAGUAAAGAUGUAAAGGAUUUUGUUGGAAAGGCAAAAACAAGUGCCGCAGAAGCAAAGACGAAAGCCAAGGAGGCGGAGACGAGUGCUCAAAGUGCCGCGAAGAGUAUUGGUGCUGCAUUAAAGGAUACUAAACAGGCUGCUGAGCUUGCAGAAAAAGCAUUGGGCUCCACUAAAGAAGCAAUGGAUUUGGCGAAAGACGCCAAAAGAGCUAUUGAUGCAUCGCUCCAAAAAGCAAGGGAAGAGUUGAAGGUAUUGACUGAAAAAGCGAAAGAGACUCCAACGGGGGCCUCGGGUUCGCAUCACGCAUCUGGGCCACACUCUGUGAAUGAAAAGAAGAUGCCUUCAUCUGUUGUGCCGCCCACCAGGGCCACUGCGGCUCCUCCCCACACACAGAGCGGUGCGGAUAAAAAGCCUGAGGCUGCUGUUGCUGUUGCUGAGCCACACCCAAUGGGAGAGAGCGCUGCAAAGUCACCCGACGCGAAUGCGUCGCCCGCAGUCGAUAAGUCUGACACUGUAGGCGAAGCAGAGGUUGCGGCUGAAGCAAGCAAUGCAGCCACGGACACUCAUAACAAUCGUGUCGAAGAGCGUUCACCAGCAGAAGAGGAGACAACUACUGCGUUGCUAACUGUUAACAAAAGCGAUGGGCCCGCAGGCAAAUAUGACAUUGGAAUGACGGACGACAGCAGCACCAAUCCUGCGUGGGUGCGUGCGCCGCUGGCGUUCCUUCUUCUUGUGAUGGGGGCGCUGGCCUGUCCGGUUGCGUGCUGA